AUGGAAGCCCGAGGAGGGGGGGGGGGGAGUGUUUAUGCAGUGACAGCCUAUCAUUGCCUCAGGCCCCUGAGAGUCAUACCAGGGCAAGUCACUGUUUACACAGCCAGAGCCAACCACGUUACAGACCUGUCAGCCCAGGCUCCGCCCCCCCGGGCCUCUUACGCUGCAGGUUGUGGCAGGAGUGAAGCUAUAAAGCCGCCCGACAAGCCAAGAGGGAGACAAAGAGGAGAGAGAAACAUGAGAGAGGAUCCUGCCGCUCUGAUCACAUCACAAAACAUGGCGUUCACCGACUGUAUGAAACCCACCGACCUGUCUGCAGAGAAGAAGGGGAUCAAGUGAGUUUCUCCUUUUAAUCAUGACCUUUUAAAAGUAAUUAUGAUCAGACAUAUUAAAAUCAUGCUGCAAUAAAAAAUAACGAUUCAUUUUGAUUCCUUCCAGGAGGAGAAAUUGGAGGAACAGGAUAGCAAUUUUACUGAAGACAAACUCUUCCCAUUCGAUAUUACACCUGAUGAAGAACAGAUCUUACAGGUGAGGAUUAUGCUGCAAACUGCUUAUUUAUACUUAUUUGAAUAUGUAGUCAUGUUGCUUUCAAUGAUUUUUUAAUAUUCAGAAUAUGCAGACUGUUUUGAAGCUUCUUUUUGCAAAAUUUUGUAGAUAUUUUUGCAGUUUUGUACAUUUCUGACUGUCUAAUGUGUAAAUUAAUAACAAAAUUUAUGGCACAAAUUUAAAAGAAAUCACUUAAAAUGAAAUCUAAGACAAGUCAAACUAACUUUAAACUUUUUGUUUAAACUAUAAGUCCUCUACUUUUUCCAUGAGUUUUAUCUAACAGGAUCUGUGCCCUCUCUCUCUCUCUCUCUCUCUCUCUCUCUCUAGGCCGACAGCCGAUGACGUGAGCCAGUGGGCGCAGUCACUUGACACACUCCUCAGUCAUAAAUGUAAGUUUCAUUCCCCGCAUUAUUGCUGUACAAUUACAUAAAAGAGCCUCAAAGGUCACACGGUUACCGCGCGCCGAGUGAUGGCGGUUUUAUGGGCCCCAGUAAACAGCGCCCUGUAAUGGCUCCUCACUCACUUAGCUCUUCAUUAACAGUCGGCUGCAUUGUCCGUUAGUUAACACUUCUCCCUCUCUCUUUUCCUUUCCUCAAUUAAAGACGGGAAAGCUGCUUUCUGCAUCUUCCUGAAGUCGGAAUUCUGCGAGGAGAACAUCGAGUUUUGGAUGGAGUGCGAGGAUUACAAGGCCCAGACGUCGCACAAAGAGCUGGCGUCCAGGGCCAAGAGCAUUUACGAGCAGUUCAUUAAAAACGAAGCGCCCAAGGAGGUGAGAGCUUGCAGAUUUUUUUAACGCUAAUUUUACAGCAGAUAUUCUGUGAUGGUAAAUGCUCACGGCGGCUGUUUCUUUGCUCACAGAUUAACCUGGAUUACCACACCAAAAACGCCAUCGCCCAGAGCCUCCAUGAGCCCACCACCACCAGCUUCCUGGCAGCUCAGAGGAAAGUCUACAGCCUGAUGGAGAACAACUCGUACCCCAGGUUUAUCCACUCAGACCUCUACAGAGAACUGUGCGACGCUGCCGGAGGAGAGGCCAAGCUCAUUAAGUCCUAGUCAAACUCGUCCCUCUGAGCCGAAGUCGUUUGUUUACCUCUGGGACUCUGUGAAUAGACCGCUCAUGAUGAUCAUUCCAGGCGCCGCCUCAGGACCAGAGACCUGAAUGCAAAUCCUGAGCAUUUAAACAUCAGGAGCGAGUGAGGAAAAUGCCAAAGUGAAGUCAUUUUUAUUCAGAGAGGGUUCGACGGAGGAGUCGGACACUUCUGCAGGCUGCACGUCUAAACCACAGAGGAGAUCACGGUUAAAUCCACGUCACAGAGCCAUCACCUGCACUUUCUUUACGAUUCCAAUUCUGUGUUUUUAGCAGACAUGCAGCAGACCUACACCAUCACAGACACUCUUUACACUCGCUCGGAUGGAUUUUCCUGUUUACACACCAAGUGCAAUCAUUAUUUAUGUAAUGUUUUUUCAUGUAUGAUAAUGAAUAUGAUGUAAAUAUUAUG